AUGGUGUUGGGUCCAGCUAACACUUUUUCCGGGGUACAAUGUUACAAUAAGGCCACCGAUUUUGGUGGUACUAGGAUAUACCUAAAAUUGCCAGGAUUAUCACAAACCAGGAUUGUGAAUUCCUACUUGGAUUAUAUUAGACUUAGUGCUGAAGACGCUCUGCAACUUCACAUUUCAAGUAGUUUUUUUCUCGCUGAUGCAUUUAUUCUCUUCAAAUCAAUAAAUGGUGUCGUGAAUGGGGUGAAUAUUGUUGAUAACAUGUUUUCUGGAUCAAAUAAAGGGGUUGAAAUUGUUCAGUUGGAUCAAACAAAUAGGGCUUUUAAAGAGGUUGAUCAAGUUGUUAUUGAUAGAAAUAAUGCGAGGGGUAUGGAAGUUAAGGCCACGGUGGCAAGAAGAACUAUGCAGGGGAAUGGAGCUCAUGGACAAUUGACCUCAAUUCAAUUCUUCUAUUUUCAGACCUUGUAA